AUGGAUGACGAAGCUUUGACUCGCUUGCUUCCUUGUACUGAAAGUUGACACCACGACACGAUCCAAUCUUCAUCGGUUUUUGCAGUUUGAAGAAGAUGAAGAUUCAAACUCUUGGAUUGAUUUCAGUAGAUCAAAAAAUAACACUUUCUCAGAUCUGAAAUUUGUUUGAAUUUGUGAUUGUCCAAUUCGUCGGUAACAAUGGCUUCCUUGGAGAUGAAUGACCUAAAAAAGAUAGGGCUAGGUUUGACAGGGUUUGGUGUGUUCUUUACAUUCCUGGGAGUGAUAUUUGUGUUUGACAAGGGACUCAUCGCCAUGGGGAAUGUUCUCUUCUUAGCUGGUGUGACUCUAACCAUUGGAAUCAACCCAGCAAUCCAAUUCUUUACUAAACGGCAGAAUUUUAAGGGUACUAUAUCGUUUGGAUUGGGUUUCUUGUUGGUUGUGUUUGGAUGGCCUAUUUUCGGUUUGCUUCUAGAAUCAUAUGGGUUCCUUGUACUCUUCAGUGGUUUCUGGCCUACACUUGCCGUCUUCCUUCAAAGGAUACCUCUAUUAGGCUGGCUUUUGCAGCAACCAUACAUCAGAUCGUUGCUGGAUCGCUACCGUGGAAGGCGUGUCCCUGUCUAAACCCUCUUUGCACAGAAAUACGUAUCGUUAUAAUAUACAAAGGUACAUAUAUGUAUAUAAAACACUCUUGUUCUCCUUCUUUAUGCGUUGUAAAUGGUUCUUGGAACUGGGUCUUGUGGCUUUUUCUCUCUUUACGACUGUGAUCAUUAUUAACCUAGUGAAAGCUUCUCCUAUUUGAUUAUGGAGAUUUGAUUUGUCCAACCACUUAAGUCAACUCUAUAGUUUAUAGUUA